AUGUCUAGCGUUGAAAUUGUGUCACCCAAAAGAAUGAGCACGUCCCUUGAUAGCAGGCUCUCAGGGGCCUCGUCAGAUGGCAAAUGCUCUCUUGGUAACAAAGACAGCAUCGCAGCAGGGAGCGCGCUGCGUUUCAGUGCCCACAGAGACAGCAACGAAACGAAGGAGCAAGGGCCAGGAGGUGCCGGGGCUGGGGGUAGAGCAAGGGCCAAGACUGCUCACAAGAAGACGGUCAUCACCCAUGGCAUACAGAAGAACCAGAAGCCGAAAUUAAGAAACAAAUUUGCAUCGCCGACCGACAGGUUGCUCUCUCCCUGUUCGCAGAAAUUGAAUGAUCACAAAUCCAAGCUUUUCGUCUCGAAGUCGAAUCCGACCAAGCUGAGCUUUGCUACCAAACAGGACAGAGGUGCGGAUGAUAGCGACGACGAAUAUGCCUGA